CAUCUCCUGAAAGCCGACGUACUUGAAGCAACCAUACAGUCUGAGUGCGAACAGGAUAUUACAGAAGAAUUGCAAACAAAUCAGUCAUCAACGGAGCAGAAGUCAGAAGAUAAUAAUUAGUUAUUUUAAAUUCAGUUAGUUAUUAUCUGGGAUUCUAAAUUUCCAACACAAAAGAUAACAUGUCGGUUGAAGCAUUAUCUGGCAAAGUUUUUCUACUGAUAACCGGCGCGAGUCGCGGUAUCGGCCGGCAAAUCGCAAUAACAUUCGGUUCGCUUCUCGAGGAAGGCUCGCGUAUUCUUUUAUUAGCGAGGAAUAAAGAUGCGUUACAAGAAGUCGCCAAAAAUAUACCUUCCAAAGUGAAAGUUUGUACCAUCAGCACGGAUUUGAGUAAAACGACUGUCAACGAUUUUAAAGAAUUCAUAUCGGAAUCUUUGAAUGGAACUACUCCUGAUGCAUUUGAUCGAAUGGUUCUGGUACAUAAUGUAGGGUCCUUAGGCGACAUGUCUCAAACUGUUAACGAAAUAUUGGACGUGAAUAUCUGGAGAAAUCUUUUCGAUUUGAACUUUUCCAUACCUGCUUUGUUAAACGCAGUGGUCAUGAAUAAGUUUGCUAAUAAAAAUAUUAAGAAAACGGUUAUCAACAUUACAUCUUUGUAUGCUAUUCAAGCAGGCAUUGGUAGUGCUCAAUAUUCCUCAGUGAAAGCAGCACGAGAAAUGUAUUUUAAGGUUUUUGCUUUGGAAAAUCCAGAUGUUAACGUGUUGAAUUACGCUCCAGGACCGGUCGACACGGAUAUGUUUGCAAUGGUAUGUGAAAAACUCGUUGAUCCCGAAACUAGAAAGCUGUUUAAUGAGAUGCGAGAAAAGAAAACCGUAUUGACAACGGAACAGACUGUUAAUCGUCUUGUGCAGAUCUUGAAAGAACGAAAAUACAAUUCGGCCGAUCAUGUAGAUUAUUACGAUGAAUUGUGAAGUAAAAAUAAUGAUAUUCAUAGAGAGAAGAAACAAAAAAAAAAAAGAACUUAACGAAUAAAUUUCUUCUUUUACAUUAUAUGUUUACGUAAUUUUUUCUGCAUUCUUAAAGAUAUAAUAACAUAGUAACUUAAAUAAUAUAAAAAUAUUGUAAAUAUUGUAAAUUUUUCUCUCUAUAAAUAAUUUAUAUAUAUAUAUAUAUAUAAUUUUUCUUUAAUGGUUUUUUAUGAUAAUUGAUAAACUUGAUAAUCUUUCAACAACAAUUAAUAACUCUACAAAGGAUUUAUACAGUUUUAUUUAAAAAAUCCUAAAUGUUUAUAUAGACAAAAUAUUCAUAUUCUCUAUUGUAAUGAAUUCCGUCGAUCUUACACUUUCUUUUAUAAAAUACUUUAUAGAAAAACAUCAAAAAUGUAGAAAAUAUAUAUGUACAUACAUAGAAA